AUGGAUUCUGGAACUGAAGGCUCAGAGCCCCGCAGCUCAUCCGUGCGACACCCCACUGACCGGCCGCCCUGCCACCAGAACUCGUUCCCAGAAAGCGGCUCAGAUGUGGAGGAGAAAGCACUGGAAGGGAAAGAGGAGACGUUACUGUCGCCGUUGAGAGAGAGCCGCACCCAAAGGCGAGGGUCAGAGCCCAGGACAGAGGAGGAGGAUCCCAGGGAAAGUGAGCCCAAAAGGGACAGCUGCAUUUCCGGAUCAGAAUCGGAAGGCUGCUCCAGUUGGGAGGGCUCCGGCAAGAGGAAAGCCAUUUCCAGCGACAGCACCUGCCCCCCAGCAGCAGGGGCCUCUCCAGCAGGUGAGCGCAGUGUGACUCCGGGAAAGAGGAAACGGACGACGCCGGUCGGCCAGGGCAGCGAGAACGAGGAGACCGCGGGUGCCCAGCGCAGGAGACGCGGGGCGCGGGGCGCCGGGCGCGGCCGGCGGAGCAGGUGCAGGUCCCCGGGAGACCGGCCGCCCCCACUUCGGAAGAGGCUGGUGACCGCCGUGCGCGCCCUGUCUGAGGCCGUCCGUCAGGACGUGGCUGGGGCGUGGGAGCAGCGGGAGCGUUCCCCGCUGACCUGGGAGCAGCGCUCAGGGCUCGGGCGGCUCUGGGCGCCUCUGUGCGCGGCCUUGCGGACCGUCUACACCAUGGCCAACCAGGCGGCCUACGUCUUCCCUGCAGAGAGCUGGCUCGUCCCAGCCCCGCCGCCGGGCCCCCGGGCUCCAGCUGGGGAUACAGGAGAAGCCCGGGGCUCCCCCCGCGAGGGAUACAGGGCCUCCCCUCCCCGGGUCGGGAGCGAGGCCGCCCGCGCCCCGGAAGGCACCCGCGCUGGCGCAGAGCUGCGCGCGCAGCCCCCGGGGUGAGACCAAGGCCCUGCUACCGCCCACACUGCGGGUACCGCGCGUGUCAGACUUGGGGCGCUCGGAGCAAAGGCACUGCAAACACCGAGUGCGGAGCUGACGAGCUCGUGUCCGA